AUGAUCGCCGCGUCGCUGCUCCGCUCCGGCGCCGUGGCCCGGAGAGCUGCGCUGCGCCAGGCCGCUGCCGGUGCGGGCGCGCCUGCUCCACUUGCCGGUGACGCUGCUGCGCGCUCGCUCAGCAACAGCGCCUCGCGAUGCGCUCGCGUGCCCGAGGACAAGGGCGCCGCGUCGCGGCCAGAAGAGAGCAGUGCAUCCGCUGAGAAGGCGUCGGAGCCGCAGGCGGACGCAGCUGCGCCGCAAGCCGCACCGCCGGCGGCGCCACGAAAGGACCUGCGCCGCUCGACGAGCUUCGCCGACAUCGACACAUCGCUCGCCAUGGCUGCUAUUGAGGGCGAGAUGGGAGGCAAGGGCGGCAAGACGAACGCCAAGGCGCGUGGUGCGCAGACGAGCCAGGACCGGCAGCGCAAGCAGACGGCACGCAUCUUUGGCGUGCUCGGCCUGGUCGGCAUUGGCGCUGUGGUGGGCAACAUGGGCCGGGACUGGGAGACGAUUGAGGAGCGGCAGAAGUACGGAGAUGACCCGUCAGCGCAGGGCUUCUUCGGGCGGGUGCAGACGCGCCUGCGCUCGAUGUACACCUCUGUGAAGGACCCGGCAUGGGAGAAGCUGCUGCCCGAGCCGCUGCCGUUCCCGUACCAGCGGCCGUACACGCUCGUGCUGGACGUCGACAAGCUGCUCGUCUCCUCGACGUGGACGCGCAAGGAUGCCUGGCGGACAGCCAAGCGUCCCGGCCUCGACUACUUCCUCGCGUACCUCUCGCAGUUCUACGAGAUUGUGCUCUUCACGCGCCAGCCGUUCUACAUUGCCGGCCCCGUGAUUGAGAAGCUCGACCCGGACCGCCGCUACGUGGCCUACACGCUCUUCCGCGAGAGCUGCAAGACGAGCGACUCGGGCAACGUCGUCAAGGACCUCAGCUACCUCAACCGCGACCUGUCAAAGGUCAUCGUGCUCGACACAGAUGCGACGGCGUUUGAGCUGCAGCCAGAGAACGGCAUCGUGGUGAAGAAGUGGGAGGGCGACCCGAAGGACACGGAGCUCGUUGGCCUGAUUCCGUUCCUGGAGUCGAUUGGCAUCUACGGCAUCGAGGACGUGCGGAGGCCGAUCAAGAGCUACGAGGGCCUGCACAUCCCCACAGAGCACGCCAAGCGGCUCGCGUCGACGCUGAAGGCCGACGAGGCGGACCGCAAGGCCAAGCAGUCGAAGCGUCUCUUUGGCGGCCUGCGCGAGGGCGCCGGUGCCGCGCCGCAAAAGUCGUGGUACGAGUCGGAGCGGGAGCGCUACAUGCAGGCCUUCCAGGAGGAUCAAAAGUACUGGCGCGAGAACGGCGAGGCGAUCCGCCGGCAGGCCAAGGAGGAUCAGGAGCGACAGAUCAAGGAGAUGAAGCUCAGCGCCUGGGGGUGA